CGAAUCACCAUGUCUGCGAUCAAACCUAGCAUUAAUCUUACUGGACGUAUCUUCUGCGUUACUGGGGGUGCCUCUGGCAUAGGCUUUGCAACAGCUUCCCUACUUGCUGAAUACGGCGCGAAAGCUAUUUGGAUUGCCGAUCGACAGACUAAGCUAUUUGACUUAGUACAUACACAACUUUCUUCAAUUAAUCCAUCUACUUCUAUCUAUUUAGAAGACGUCGACGUUAGCCAAUCUUCUCAAGUUAAUAACUGGAUCGAUAGAAUUAUCGCUAAGCAUGGCGUCCUGCAUGGUGCCGCAAACAUCGCAGGAAUUCCGCAACCACCCAUUGAAGUCAACACAUCAGGGCCAGCACUUAUCCAGGAAACAGAUGAAAACUGGCGCCGAAUUCAUUCAGUUAAUCAAGACGGUAUAAUGUAUUGCACACGUGCUCAAUUUCGAGUUAUGUAUCAAGAGGCGAAGAGUAGUAACCCAUCUAUUGUAAAUGUUACAAGUAUUGCAGCACUACAGCAUCCUGGUAUAGGUUAUAGUUAUAGUACAAGCAAAGCAGGAGCCGAGCAUUUUACACGUAACGCGGCUAAGGAUGGGUUCAAUUAUGGAAUACGAGUUAAUGGUGUUCUACCAGGAUAUACAAAGACACCAAUGACGGAGCAGACUUUUGACGGGCUUGGGGAUGAAGAAGCUCAAGAGGCUCGCAAGAAGUGGAACCUUCCAGAACCGAUAGAAGCCUCAGAUAUUGCACGGAGUAUUGUGUGGCUGCUGAGUGAGAACUCUGCCAAUGUGAACGGUGUUAGCCUUCCAGUAGGAGAGGGCGCUCCUUAG